AUGUUCAAGAAUCUCAAAGAAAAACAUGGCCACUUUUUCGAGCCAAAAGAGCCCAAUGCAUCCACUCCGCCUAGCGAACGCGGUCAAGAUCUGACGUCAAUACUGGACCGGUCGCAACGCGCCGACCUCACUGUACUUGUCGCAGAAAUAGCCGAGUCAAUGAGAAUUAGCAUUCUCGAGAUCUUCGAGAAUACCGAAGCAAGCUUGAAUAAAAGUUCAACCCCUCCCACACCGAAAGAGGAGGCGGAGGAGGAGGAGGAGCACGACGAUGCAGGACCACCGCUGCCCCAGAGGCCGGAUGGUUCCUCUCCAGUGGAGAGCAAGAGCCCACAAGCUCCCAGAGCCGAUUUGAGAAAGAAUGCGUCGAAAUUGCGGGCCAAAAAAAGGGCACUCUCGCACUACGAAGACUGGAGAGAUGCUGUUCUGCUGCGGAUCGGCGAGGUUGUCAAUAAGGAUGAUGACAGCCAAGUACAGCAGCCAGAUAAAGACGCAGCGACUCAAUCAGACGAUCUCCCGUUGGGCGAGGAUAGCAAGCGGAUGGAAAAACUUGCGGAUAUAUAUCACCCCAUCGAAUCCCCAUUGGCGCAACUGCCCAAAGCGACGAGGCUACUUAUUCUGCACUCUCUUCUCUUAUUAUUGCUUAGCCUUGAGCAUUACAAUGCCUAUUCACGUGUUCUGAUGCUCCAUGCCGCAUCGAGCCUCGGUAUAGACAUCAAAGUGCUGAACGAAGACGAAGUCAAGGUUGCACGUGGACUCCUCGAUACUGCGCUUGCACUAUCAGAUCCAGAAGCCCAACAGCCGCCGAAGAAAAGCAAUGAUUCCCGCAAAUGGAAAGUCGGUAUUGCAUCGGUAGCUGGUGCUGCUCUGAUAGGCAUUACCGGUGGUCUGGCUGCUCCGUUGGUAGCUGCAGGUAUCGGUACCAUGAUGGGUGGUCUUGGACUGGGUGCGACCGCUGCUGCUGGAUAUCUCGGUGUUCUGGCCAGUAGCGGCGUGGUAGUUGGUGGACUUUUCGGCGCGUAUGGAGGACGGAUGACGGGUCGGAUGAUGGACAAGUAUGCGCGGGAGAUUGAAGACUUUGCUUUCAUCCCUGCUCGAGGCUCGCGCAAGCGAACGGCGAAGGAGAGUGAUGCUGCUCGACAGGAUCAUCGUUUACGAGUCACUAUUGGUGUCACUGGCUGGGUGACUGAAGAAUCUAACUUUGUGAUUCCCUGGCGGGUUAUCGGGGCUGAUUCUGAAGUGUUUGCCUUACGUUGGGAGAUGGAGUCUUUGAUGAAUCUCGGAAAUGCCAUCUCCUCAUUGGUAACGAGUGCGGCGUGGUCGGUUGCUGGAAGGGAAGUUCUGUCUCGGACCUUUUUCUCAGCGAUAAUGAGCGCAGUCAUGUUGCCUCUUGGUCUUAUGAAGGUUGCCCGGGUGGUUGAUAACCCAUUCAGCGUUGCAAAGUCUCGAGCCGACAAGGCAGGUGAGGUUCUAGCAGAUGCAUUGAUCAACAAAGUCCAGGGAGAGCGCCCUGUGACUCUGAUUGGCUAUUCCCUGGGAUCCCGUCUUAUCUUUUCCUGUCUCCAGCACCUGGCCAAGCGAGGAGCUUACGGAAUUGUCGAAUCGGUUAUUCUAAUGGGAUCGCCCACACCCUCGGAUGCAGAGUACUGGCGCCGCAUCCGUAGUGUGGUCAGCGGUCGGGUAGUCAACGUCUACUCAGAGAAUGACUCUGUCCUAGCUUUCCUUUACCGUACCAGCAGUCUCCAACUUGGAAUCGCUGGACUCCAAAAGGUCGAAAAUGUCCCCGGCGUCGAGAAUCUCGACGUCAGCGAAAUGAUCAGCGGCCAUUUCCGGUAUCAGUUUUUGCUUGGCAAGAUUAUUUCAUCCAUUGGACUGCAAGACAUCGAUAUAGACGAAGUGGAACGUGAAGAAGCUGCACUGGCGGCUGAAGACAAGAAGCAAGAAGAAGAGCGUGCCAAUAACGAGCGUGAGGCAGGCGUGACAGACCGCGAAUCAUCCGUUGCACGCGAAACCCUCAAUAGUCAGGAUGGGUUUGGGGAGGAGGCGCGGAUGCAGAAGCAGGUGGAGACGCAGACUCAGGAUCAUAUGACUAACCAUCGGAUUCAGAUGAUGGAUUUGGAUGACGAAGAUUACUCUUCGCCGUUGUCAGAUCAGCCGGGGAAACACUCUGCUCUGUGA